CUGCUGCACAGCUGCACUCAGCCGCCUCAGACAGUUCCAUCUCCAUGAAAAAAAUAUGAUUUGGACAGAAGCACAAGACUUCUGCCGGGAGAACUACACUGAUCUUGUCACUUUGUACAAUCAGGAGGAAUCUGAGCAGCUGAUACAGUUAAUGCCUGAUAGCAGCGAUUCAGCCUGGAUAGGUCUCCAUCGCAAAGAGCACAGUCUGAAGUGGUCCAAUGGAGACAUUGUUAAUGACACUGCAUGGUUACCACUUCCAAGCCCGUGCACAAAGCCAAUGUGUGCAGCCAUACUGAAACAUAAUACAACAUGGGAGAAUUGUACAGAGCAGAAAUACUUCAUGUGUUACAGAAAAGGGUCUGGUGAUUCCUUCCUGAUUGAACAGAAGAUGACCUGGUAUGAUGCUCAGAGUUGCUGCAGAGAGAGAAACACUGACCUGGUCAGCAUCAGGAACGAGGGACAGAAGGAGGAAGUGAAGAACGACGGGAUGAACAGCACCACACCUUACUGGAUCGGCCUGCUGUAUGAUGACUGGGAGUGGUCUGAUGGAGGGAGAUCUGCCUACAGAGACUGGUCGGAGGGUAACAACUAUCCUCAUACAGGAGAAAAUGUCACUAUUCUUUUCCAGUGUCCAAGAGGUAUAUCCACAGUGCCAAAUGAAAAUACUCCAGAAUAUACACUCUGCUCUGAAGGAUCAGUAAUCAUCCACAAUAUCAGUGAAGGAAUGUCUUGGGAACAGGCUCUGGCCUACUGCAAGAAGAACUACCAUGGACUGCUGCGUAUUGAGACAGAAGAAGACCUGGGGGCGAUCAAGCAGAAGUUUAAUGGGACUGAUUUUACUGGUCCUGUGUGGGUGGGUCUGAGACAGAGCCGUCUCUUUGGGUUCUGGGUCUGGACCAAUGGGCUGCCAGUGGGGUGGAGUAACUGGGAGGGAGACAGACAGCCUGAACAGCCUCUGUCCAACCAUUGUGGUGCCAUGUCAAUGGAGGAGGGAUACAAGUGGAGUGAUCAGGACUGUCUGUCCAAGCUCUUAUUUAUUUGUGAAGAAGAGUUGUAAUACCUUGUUAAUUUAAUUAACUGUCUUUACCAUUUCUCACAUUUUGAUUGGAAUGUGUUUUUUUAGGUAAUUGCUGAUUGAAAUCAUCUUGACAAAGAUUUUUUAUGUUUAAG